AUGGCAACUGACGAGAUGGCUGAAUUGCCAACCGUAACGCUCUUCCGCUACCCGGCGUGUUUCGCUAUUCCUACGGCGGAUCCACAUGCUCUUGCGGUGGAGUGCAUGCUGCGUUUUGUGGGUGCGCACUUUGUGAAGCGUGAUGCUCCGUUGCCAGUUGCGCUUGAAGUCCCCACCAGAGACGGCAGCGCGGUGGGUUGCCAUGAGAACAGCGGCGUGGUUCGAAAGACCGGUGUUGCGUCUUGUUUGCAGCAGAUCGAGGACAGCGUUCAUGUGGACAAAGAUGUCCUGCCGGUAGAAAAACGACAUCUUUCACUCUGUGUGAAGAUCUUGGUGGUAAAUUCGUUGCUCCCCGCAUUUGUUUAUCUCACUCACUGCGAAUUGGAUCUUUUUGACCACUCGAUCCGAAAAGGUGUUGUGCCGAAGGUGGCCACCUUAUGGCAGAGGCUUCUCGGGAACUACCGCCGUGGCGUACUGGAGCGCAGUGGCUGCUGUGGGCGUUACUCCAGUGUGGCGGAGGCUCUGGAGGAGGCGGAGAAGGGGCUGCGUGCACUGCAGACGCUCUACGUUGGCAACUCCAACCCCCCUGGGACCUUUUUUUUGGGAACAGAACGGCCAUGUAGUGCGGAUGCUUUGGCGUAUGCGGCAGCUUCGUCGUUUCUCCAUGCCGAUUUUGCCAAUCAUCACGCUUCCCUUGCUGUUGUGAAGAUGCAGAAGCGUCUGCAGGGGGAAUGCACGACGCUUGUGAAAUAUAUUGAAAGGGUGCGACAGAUGUACUUUGAAGAGUACAGUGCAUUUUACACACUACGGGCGGCGCCCUCAUGCGCCGCCGGGGCUCACUCUGGGAAUUUAGCGCCUGAACCUGAUGAUUUGUUCAAAAAGGGGCGACGGAUGGUUGUGGCGUGGACAAUAGGCUUUUCCCUGCUUUACUUCACUCUCUCCAAUGCCAACCUGAUUCUGGAGGCGUUAUCGGAGUUGCAGGUCGAUGAGGAAGAGGAGGAGGAGGAGGAAGGUAAAGAAGUGGAGAGGAAGGGCGGGGAAAAAAAUAACGAGAAAGGGCAGGGUUAG